GUGACUGGUUUUGGACCAAUAGUCACAAAACAGGUUGGUGCGCGUACUUUGAUACUUUGUAGUACACGUAUCUAACUGAUCAUGUCAGGAAUGCUCUUGAUACUGACUGUUGUCGCUUUCCAAGCUUUGUCCCUAACUUGCAUAGAUGCUAUAUCAUCGAUGUCAAUUGAUAUGGGCACUGAGUUUAUGAAAGUUGCAGUGGUUUUGCCAGGAAUGCCUAUGGAAAUAGCUCUCAACGCAGAUUCUAAGCGAAAAACAUCUACAGCGGUCGGUUUCAAAGACAAUGAAAGGGUUUUUGCCAGUCAUGCAGUUAAUUUGGCUUCUAAAUGUCCUGAAUGUGUAUACCAGUCUGUUCCAUCUCUUCUGGGGAAGACAUUAAAUCAUCCCAUGGUGAAAGUUUUUCAGGAGCGUUAUCCUUAUCACAAUUUGUCCUAUGAUACCUCAACCGGACAGUUAUUUUUUACUCAAAAGGAUGGAACAGUAUAUUCAGUUGAUGAACUGGUUGGCAUGCUUCUUGAAUAUGCGCAUGAUUAUGCUGAACAGUAUUCUGGUUCUGAAAUUAAAACUUGCGUGCUGACUGUACCGAGUUAUUUUGGUCAAGCCGAGAGACGUCGUCUCAUGUAUGCAGCUAAGAUUGCUGGCUUGAAUGUUCUUCAGCUUAUAAACGAUAAUUCUGCUGUGGCUCUAAACUUUGGUUUAUUUCGUCAUAAGAGCUUCAACGAAACUCCUCAGUACUACGCAUUUUUUGAUAUUGGUUCAAUGAGCACAACUGCAACCUUGGCAGCCUACACUUUCGGCAAAAACAGAGAUGGAGAUGUUACUGGAGAAUUUCCAAUGCUGAGAAUUGUUAAUGUCAGUCAUGAUCCAGUACUUGGUACAAUGGCAUUUAUCUAUCGAAUAAGAGACUUAUUAGUUGAAAAAUUCAGCGAAGCAAAAAAGAAGAAUAAAAAUCUUGUAGUUAAAAACAAUCGGGCGAUGUCUAAAUUAACUCAAGAAGCCUCAAAUGUGCUCAUGAAAUUGAGUGCAAAUAACGAAAUAUUUGCUCAAGUUGAGAAUGUUUUUGAUGGAGAAGAUCUUAGAGUUAAAGUAACUCGUGCUGAAAUGGAGUCGUUAUGCUCAGAUUUAUUUGAACGUAUUAGGAAACCAUUCUUAGAUAUGAUGUCCGAUACUCCAUUGGAGUCUUUGCAAGAAGUUAUUCUUAUGGGAGGAGGUACACGUAUUCCUAAAGUACAGUCUGUUUUACUUGAAUUAAGUAAAAAGACAGAAUUACACAAAGGUGUCAAUAGUGAUGAAGCUGCCGCUCUAGGUGCUGUAUAUCAAGCUGCAUUUCAUACUCCUGGUUUCCGUGUAACUCGAUUUAUUGUUAAAGACUAUAAUCCUUAUCCUAUUGCUGUUGACUUUAUGCGUGCUCCAGCAUCAUCUGAUGAAAAGUUGAAUAAAGACUCAAAAACUGACGCCCAAUCAGAUUCAUCACCGUAUGUUCGACAAGUUCUUUUUCCACGUGGUGCUGUUUUCCCUCAAAAACGUACAAUUAAAUUCAAUCGACAUGUGAAUGAUUUAGAUUUUUAUGUGAAUUAUGCUGAUCUUGAUGGAUUUGAAAAAAGUUUUCUGGGACCGAAUUAUAACCUUAGUCAUGUGACUACAAGAAAUGUGUCAAAGUCUGCUAAACAAUAUUCAUUCGCUGAACCACGUGGCGUCAAGGCGCAUUUCACUAUGGAUCAUAAUGGAAUUCUUAUUCUUAGUGGUGUCAGUUGUAUAUUUCAUCCAAUUGAGAAAACUGAGACAUCUGGUGACUCAGCAAAGGAGAAGUCUACUUUUGAAAAAAUCGGUAAUACUCUGAGUGGUCUCUUUGGUGGUGGUGGUGGUGAUGGUGGUAAGAGUGAUGAAGAAAAAUCGUCGGAUCAUGAUGCAAAUGUCAAUGAGGCAGUUGCUGGUGGUAAUUCAUCAGAUGUCAAUAUGACGUCUGUAAACAACACCUCGACUACUUCAGAUAAUCAAACUAUUUCUCAUGACACCGACACUAAUUCUGGGCAAAAUCAGCAAGAUAAUACUGUGAAGCCUACAGUACCAUUUCCUGAACCUAUUGACUAUGAAAUCAAUUAUGUUGAUUUCCCUCAAUUACCUUCGGAUGUGUUAGUGUCUUCAUUAUCUAAAUUAAAUAAAUUACGAGAAGCAGAUAAAGCUAAGGCGGCACUGGAAGCAUCAAUUAAUCAACUUGAAACUUUACUUAUUGAUAUACGUGAUAAAAUUUCAACUGAUUAUGCUAAAUAUGGAACAAAAGAAGAAAUUGUACACUUAGAAGGUGUCUUACAAAUUAUCUCUGAUUGGUUCGAUGAAACUGGUCAUGAGGGUACAAAAGAUGAGUAUGACUUAAGAAUCAAAGAAAUGCAAGUGAUAAUUAAUCCUAUGGAGAAGAGACGUAUUGAAGCUAAACAUCGUCCAAAGGCUAUGUCAUUAUUUGAUAAGACACUAGCACUAGCUGAUAAAACUUUAGCACAAAUGAUUGAAUUAUCAAAUCUAUUUGCUAAAACAUUAAAAGCUAUGCCAGUUGAACAGAAUGAAUCAACACCUGGAUCUGAACGAUCAUGGUCAAAUGUAUUCACUGAGGUGGAGAUUCAAACAUUUACAAAUAAGAUUAAUGAAACUAAGACCUGGUUAGCGCAAUCCACUGAUGCUUUGAACAAAUCACCAACUCAACAAGAUCCUCCUGUAACGGUUUCUGAUAUACAAACUAAAGAGAAAGAAUUAUCGCGAGAAAUUGUUUAUCAUACAACGAAAAUGGAUUUAUGGAGAUCAGAAAUUGCUCGUAUGUUUGCUGAACAGACGAAAAUGAAUUUCACAGCAUCACAAACAGUUAAACCGGAUGAAGGAGAAAAAGCGGUGAAGGGUGGUGAGGAUAAGUCGACUGGAGAGCCAGUAGUUAUCCAAAAGGAUGAAGAAUCCAAGAAGACAACACAGGAACCUACACCAACACCAAGACCGGAACUGUGAUAUGAAGAAUUGUGAACCCGAGGGAAUUUCAAUCAUUUCACUCGUAUAUGUAUAUGUACAUGUCAGUUAAGCCUUCUGCUAGUCUUUGUGUGUAUUUGAUUCAAAUUUAUCCUUUAGUGGUUACUUACUUUAAUAUCCAAUCGUACAAAAAAAAUACACACAAACACACACACUGCUGUGAUGUUCAUUCACUUGAUUGCUUGCAGUAAGUAAGUAAGGUAUUUCUGUUUCUUUUGUAUACUUCUGUCUUAACUGGACCCUGUUUCGUAGAAUGUUAUUGUAGGGCGUUAAUUUUCAAUUAUUGUUGUUAACACACACAUAUAUACAUAUACAUAGAUAUUUUCCUAUUUGUAUGAAUAUGUGCUGUGUUCAUUGUUAUCUGCAAUAGUAGAUUAUUUAUUGUCUGCUAUGUAUACUUCCCAUAAUAUAUGUGUAUAUGUUUAUUGAUUUUGACCAGUCCUCUUUUUUGUUUGUUUCUUUGUUAGUUUGUUAAUUGUCUCUAUUUGGGUAUUUUUUAUUGUGAAAUAUAUACAAGUUUGAACAGCAAUAAAA